AUGGCUCGAUCCGUGGCGCGCAGGUCGGAGCCGGAAGAUCCGAGUCUAUCCGUUCGCCGCUCUCACACGAAGUCAAGGAGAGGAUGCAUCAUCUGUAAGCAACGGAAGGUCAAAUGCGACGAGUCUCGGCCUCGGUGUCGCCGGUGUGAAUAUGGCGAUCGGCCGUGCUCGUACCAACAUGACAUUCGAGAGGGCGAGGCAACGUCAAGCAAGCCAGCCACCACUCCAACCUCCACCUCCCCUGCACUCCCGACGACAACAACAACAACAACAGCAACGGCGACACCUGGUGCCUCCAGUACCACUGACAGCGCUGCUAGUGGUCCUUCCUGGAGCGGUAACCUAGUGCUUGCGAGUCCGGCUGAGCACGCCGCAACAUUUGACCUGAUCCACAUGAGGCUGCUGCACUAUGCACACGACCACCUUGCCGAGCUCUUAGGCAUUCAAGGUGAUACGAAGGCUAUAAUCGACACCAUUAUGGAUAAGGCCGACCAGGAACCUUACGCCCUUGACCAGCUCCUAGCCCUGUCGGCCUUGCACCUCUCGAGUCAGCACCAGGAUAUACCUGUGUACUCUCAACAGGCUACAGAGCUGCAGACUCGUGCUCUGAGUGCCUUUAACCGAGCCCGCUGUGCGAUCUCGGAUACGAAUUAUCUCACAGCUUUUCUAUUUGCGAGUAUGCUCGCCAUCCACGUAUUCUACGACUCACUGGCCUGUCUAGAGGACAACCUGAGUACUUUCAUUGAGAAAUUUGUCGAAUACAUGCGUCUCCAUCGAGGAGUCCGCGCCGUUACCGGCAGCCACUGGAGGCAGAUCCUGGAGUCCCAGCUCCAGCCGCUGCUCUACGUCUCAGAACUAGCUCUCGAGGUGGAGAAGCUGCCGCCUGGGGAGGAGACGGCCCCCCUUGCCAACUUGCUAAAGUCGGGAUCUAGUUCCACUUCGAGUUCUACUGACGCUUGUGUGGGGGCUUUGAACUCGGUUCAGUGGAUUCUUGACAUUAUCAAACUCGAUCCAACACGACGUGACAUCGCCAUCCAAGCCAUCGUUGCAUGGCCCGUCGUAAUCUCAGAUGACUAUAUCGAGGCGGUGUAUCAACAUAGACCCGAGGCCUUCGCAGUCCUUGCGUAUUACGCCGCGGCUCUCCAUAGGUGUCGUGACUUUUGGGUAUUCAAGAGCGCUGGCUUAGGUGUUGUGGAAAUGAUUGUGCGGCAUAUCGGGCCUUUCUGGGCUGAGGCUCUUCGGUGGCCCCGGGAGGAGAAUUGGUUCCUUUCCCAGUUUCAUUCAGAACAGCCUGCUUCGAUUGAUUACUCCUACUGGGACAACAACUCUUGUGUGGCACUAAACGACUAUGCCUUCGACGAACACAAACCGUGCCAGCUUGGCGGUCUGCCGCGAUAUGUCUUGAACGCGACUGAUGCCGCUCAAGUCGCGACAGCCAUGGCAUGGGCUAACUCACGCGAUAUUCGUGUUGUUAUCAAGGGCACUGGUCACGAUCUUAAUGGAAGAUCCAGUGGAGCAUACGCACUCUCUAUUUGGACGCAUCAUCUACAAGAUAUUGAAUUCAACCCUCGUUGGAUUCGCCCCGCGUUCAACAGUAUCGAAAACGUUGUCAUUGCCCAGACCGGCAAUACAUGGGGCAGACUUCUCAAUGCCGCCAGCGAGGUGAAUAGAACUGUCGUUAGUGGUCAGGAUGGCACAGUUGGUCUCGGCGGAUUCAUUGGCGGUGGCGGGCAUGGACCUCUGUCAAGUUCUUACGGUCGAUCCGCCGACCAGAUUCUGCAGGCCACUGUUGUGACUGCUGAUGGUUCAAUCCUUAUCGCCAAUGAUGAACAAAACCAAGAUCUCCUGUGGGCUAUCCGCGGUGGUGGCCCGGGGUCAUACGGUGUUGUCAUUGAAUACGUCAUGCGAACCUUCCCUCUGCCUUCCAAUGUCGUCGUUGGAAGUCUAUCCGUGUCCACGCAGGAGAACGGCACGCAGGAGGCUUCCUGGGAUGGGCUCUCCACUCUGAUGCGAGCCUUGCCCGACCUCAUGGACUCUGGACUCUCCGGAUUCGGUAUCGGAACCGUCUCACAGGCCAAGUCCUCCAAAACCUCAGCCGUCGGACAUCAGGUAGACAUCAGCAUGCUUUUCUACUUGUUCAACUCGACAACGGCUAAGUGGACAAGCUUGCUAAGUCCUCUCCAGCAUCAAAUGGCGUCGUUCUCGGAUAAACGCUCCAUUCAAGUUACUUUGUCUGAACUCAAGAUACUCUCCCAGUAUCUCGAUUUAUUCGAUAUCCUUAAUCCUUCGGCGAGCAGUUGUGGGGAUAUUUCACUGUCAAGCAGCCGCCUUCUAGGCCGCCGGGAGCUUAACGAUAUCGGCCAUGAUGCGGUAAAGUGCUAUCUCAAAAGAAUUACAACCACCCAAGUUGAAGGCCACAGUGCGCGUUUGGUUAUGGGUCAACAGGGCGGGCAGGGGCCUCGCAACGUCGAAGACAGUAUGCGUGGCGGGCUGACAUCUGCAUGGCGGGACGCGUACCUUCACGUCCUAGUGACGGGGUCCAAUAUCGAUUAUGAGAAUACCAGUCCUCGAUCCGCUCUACAGGUGGCUGCCGACUGGACUAACGCUCACAAGGAAUCCGUUUGGGCUGAAUGGGCUCCAGAUUCGGGUCCUUAUAUCAAUGAAGCGAACCCUUUUAAUCCAAACUUUCAACGCGACUUCUAUGGAGCCCACUACGGUCGGUUGCUAAGUAUUAAGGAGAAAUACGACCCUCGGUCCAUAUUAUACGUCCAGUCUGGUGUGGGGAGCCAAGACGGGGAGUAUAACCUGCAAGAUGGAAAGCUUUGUCGGAAGUAG